AUGGCCAAAGAAUACCCCAUUUUGGUGGUUCCUUGCAAACGGGGCGGUAUUCCUUGUCUGACGCCCGAUCAGGCACGAGCAAUUCUUAACGAGGAAGAACGGGUGAUCAGUGUGUCCAUCUUCGACGCAAGCGAAUGUGUGGAUCCCUGCAAAAACGCCAAUCAGGGUUUUGCCGAAUUCUGUGGGCUGGGGGAAUUUAGGACCAUCCUCACUGUGCGAAGUCCUCAUAUUGGCAUGCAUGCUAGCGCUCCUGCAACAGACGCAGGAUUGUGUGCGAAUCAUGAAAAGGGUCGAAUUUCAUUGGGUGUGGAUAAAUGGAAGGAAAUGGUUUUGCCACUUCGCCCAGAAAUAGCCAUUCCUCCCUAUGACUCUGUUUCAAUACAUGAGCCUCAAACAAAGCGCCGACGGACGGCAAUGACCCGUUCAGCAAAGUGGGCAACAUCUGCGGACUCCCUUCAAGGCAAUGGCAAUUGUAAGUUAAUGAAACCCUUAUGUGCUGCGGAGAAUAAUGGCGAGUAUAUUUUUUUGGAGGAACUUUGUCAAAAUGAGACUUUACAACAAUACACAUACCAUGUAAAGGAGGCUAACAAUAAAGGGCAGGUUAUGAGUACUGCCAUUUCUUUACCAUCUUUACUGAUUUGUUUAAAAUACAAUGUAUGUUUUAUUGAGAGUGCAAUUCCAUGGAUAUUGGCGGAGAAAGGAAUAGGCCUGGUGUUUGACUUCAAUCCAGUAAGUGGUGUGUCUCCUGCACGUUAUGAAACACAAAUAGACUUGAAUGAUGACUGCUUCACAAAAGAUAUUCGACCUCUUUCACCAGACUGCAAUUGUUACACGUGUAAGCGGCAUAUGCGUGCAUAUAUCCAUCACCUUCUUACAGUGCAAGAGAUGAAUAGUAAAACACUUCUUGUAAUACAUAACUUGACAAGGUUGAUUCAACUGGUGCGGUUGUAUCGAAUCUUGGAUGCAGAAGAUCGCGAGGUUUUGCUCAAUUGGCUUUUUGCACAGUUUUAA